ACCACCCCAAACAAGAACGUAACUCCCUUACACUCUCGCACAUUUUUCAACACGCGCCAUCUUCAAAAAAAUUAAAUCCCAAUCACUUUGCAUAAACGCAUUACAAGCUUUCAGACAAGACGGAAUAUAAUGUUUUAAAGCGUUUCCGGUGAUUGAUAAAGUCCAUCGUUCACGCCGAUAUGAAUUUAAUAUUGAUGGUCGUUUUGGAGUCUUUUCUUGUGGCCGUUCUAUUCGAAAUGAAAACUGAUGGAUUUCUGAUUGACAGACGCAGUGCAGCAUCUGAAAGAAACUCCGACGAUUACCCGGAUUAUCAACUAGGCGUCAAAUAUGACGAAUAUCCGAUGAUUGUUCCGAAGAAGAGAACUGCGUUAUUGGUAGAUAGAUUAAUGGUUGCUUUACAACAGGCGAUAGAAGAAGAGGAAGCCGCAAAUAGGGUUGAUGGACCACCACUGGCCAAUUCCUUUCAGUUGAGUCCGGAAGAGGUCCGAAAGAUGGAUCUGCAAAGGAGAGGUCAUGGCAGCAUGUCAGGGCAGCAAAAAGGACGAGUUUAUUGGAGAUGCUAUUUCAACGCGGUUACUUGUUUCUAAUUCCGGUCCUGGACGAGUUGCAUUGUUACAUUUUAUGUUUUUUUUUUUAAUUUGAGAUCGUUGCGCACCUCUGAGACUCUAAUUUCGUUUAGUCUAGAGUGCACAAUAAUUCAGUUAUCCACUCUAGCCUUAUGCAAUUAUUUAAAUUUUGUCUAAUGCACCUAUUAAUUGCUGUAAAAAUUGUGUAAUGAGAGCGGGGGUGCGACUAAUAUGUAUUGAAAUCGAUACGCUUGUGUAUAAUUCGUUGUGUAUGUACAAUUUAUUUUUUUAACAGAUUUUCAACUUAUUCAUGGAUAAAGUAGUAUUAAUAAUUUGUAAAUAAGUACUGACUUGAUACAAUGAUUAAGUAAUGUAUACUUGUGUGUAACCGUACUCGAUGUAAAAAUAAAGCAAAUACAAACUGAAGACUUGUGAAUUUUAUUCCCGGAAAAAGCCGGGUUAUGUACUUGAACUUGGCCAAUUUACAGCGAUUCA